UUCCGCGCACCAAGUACCGAGACAAGAUUUUGAAAAUCUAGUAUUUUGCUGAUAAUUGCCACACGCGCCACAGACAAUCGGGUGUUCUCCACUCAUCGGCAGACACCAUGAGCGCGAGUGCUGAUUUUGACGUGAUGCUCAAUGAGAUCGGCGACUUCAGUCCCUAUCAACUUGGCCAGUGGACACUUUUCUGUCUUGUGUUUUUCUACAGCGCGGCCAGCCCGGUUGUUUACAUUUUCACGGCCAUUCCAGUGCCUCACAGGUGUCUCAUUGAAGAAUGUGGAGACCAGGGCGAGACGUCGCCUUUCAACCCCAGUUGGCUGCAAAACGCGGUGCCCUUCACCUCAGUCGGCGAGCCAGAAAAGUGCCUCCAGUUCAUGUCGUUGAACAGCACGCCUGCGAAAUGCGACUUUGACGACAGCACGAGUGUCAAGUGCUCGGACUGGGUUCUCAAAGGACCCGAGCGAUCCAUUCAGACCGAGUUUGAUCUCAUGUGUUCGGAAAAUGAAUGGAAACUGUCUCUCGUUGGAGCAAUCAACAGUCUAGGAGUGCUUUUCAGUGUCCCUAUAAUCGGAUUCAUUGCAGAUAAAUAUGGAAGGAAGCUGAGUUUAAUUUUGACUCUAGUGGCCUCUGCAGUUUUAACUCUGAUCAAAUCUGCCGCCCCCGACUACGUUUUCUUCAUCGUUUUCGAAUUUCUAGAGGCACUUUUCAGCGGCGGCAUCUACGGAAUUGCUUUUGUGUUGGCGUUGGAAUUCGUUUCCCCGAAGAGACGCGUGAUUUUAGGAGACAUGGUCGCUGCGUGGGCAUAUUCCCUGGGCACCAUUUUCGUCGGAGUUAUGGCUUGGGCCCUCAGGGACUGGCGAGAAAUUUUGUGGACCAUCAACGCGCCCGCAGUUCUCUUCAUCUUUUACAUAUGGUUGAUUCCGGAGUCCAUCCGAUGGCUGCUGUCGCAGGGCAGACGAGGCGAUGCCAAAGAGGUUUUCACAAACGCCCUGCGGAAAAAUAAAUCUCAGAUUAGCCCCGAAAGUGCAGAAAAACUCAAACUUUGGGAAAAUACUGGUGUGCCUGAAGGUUCAGAGGAUAAAGAAGAAACUCUUUGGGCUGCAAUUAAACUAGUCGCCACUUCGCGAAUUUUGAUCAUCAGACUUUUCAUUUGUUUUUAUUGCUGGAUUGUCAUCACAUUUAACUAUUAUGGCCUGGCCCUGAAUUCAAUCAACCUGGCAGGAACGGACGACCAAUAUGUCAACUACAUAGUUUCCGCCGUGGUAGACAUGCCAGCAAAUGUCCUAUCGUGGCUCGGAAUGUCCAAAAUUGGCCGCAAGAAGACUUUAAGCAUCUCUUUUAUAAUCAGCGGCCUCGCCUGUUUCUUCAACCCUUUCAUCCCAGAAGAUGCCACGGAAAUUCGUCUGUCGCUGUACCUCUUGGGCAAACUGUCCAUCGCCGCCUCCUUCGGCUGCAUCUACAUGAUCAACGCAGAAAUAUUCCCCACAAAAUUGCGGACCUCCCUGCUCGGACUGUGCUCCAUGGUUGGACGCCUGGGCAACAUUCUGGCGCCGUUCACCCCUCUUCUGACUAAGUACUCCAAAUAUCUGCCACUGACGAUAUUUGGCGUCAUGGCCUUGGUGGCGGGAGGUCUGGCGUUCUUGCUGCCGGAGACCAAGGGCCGUCCUUUGCCAGUCACGGUCAAAGAUGCGGAAAAUUUGGGAAAGAAGAAAUGAGAUUGGAAAAAACUCACUAGUGAUAAUUUGAUGAAAAUAUAGCAACUGAACGCGUCGACAUUGAACGCCAGAGGCUUUUUGUGGGAAGGAAAAACGACGUGUUGUGCUGUAUUAAAAAAGCCCCUCCGAGGCUUAUCCUGUUUUGCUGAGUGCCAAUUUGCAUACAUCGGGAGGAGAACGGGAAAAAUAUGCAAGCAACUUUUCCAUUUGCAAUAUUGGCUUUAUUAGGCCGGAGAAGAAAAGCAGCCGGUGCUACUAUGAUCAAUAAAAUUCUAUCGCGCAAAAACGCUUUCAUACACAACGUGCUAGGCUUUCUUCCCACGACGGAAUGAAUAUUUUAUGCGUAUUAUUUAUUAUUAACAAACGAUAUCGCCGAGUCACGCUGAUGGCUCUGUGUGCACGUAUUAUAGUGUUAUAGACACACUUCCAAACUUGAUGCAAACUCAUUUCGCUGUAAUAUAUCAUUUCACAUUACACCAUCAUGAAAAACUCCGAGUGUAGGCCAAAACUGAGCCAGGCCCAGUUUGCGGGGUCGAUUACUUUAAUCAGCACAAUUAUUAUUUACAUUUUGAAACAUAACACCAUUGUGGACCAAUGUAAGGAAAUUUCCAUUUAAUGAAGAAAUGGAAAAAUUUCAUGUAAAAACUUUAAAUAGAUUUGAAUUUAAAAUGAAUUUUAUUUUAAUAAGUAAUUAAGCUUCAUCCCGCGCUCCUUUU